GGCGCGAUUGGCUGGCGUGCGUGCCACGUGACUAACGGUCGCGGGAAAGCCGCGGAGUCCGAACAGCGCGAGGUGCGCCGUGCCCGGAGGCAGUGCCGCGCGGAGCAGCCGACACCGCGCCCAGGGCGGAGCGGGAGCAGCUCGGCUCGGCUCGGCUCAGCUCAGCUCGGCGCAGCGGGCGCGGCCGUGAGCGGGGCUCGCCGAGCAGCGAGCCGCCAUGAGCUUCCUCAGCCUGCAGCCGGCGGCGACGGCGCCGCGGCGGGUCUCGGCCCGGCGGGCGGCCGCCCCGAUCCGGCAGAAGCUGCUGUUCCUCAGCGGCCACAGCGACUGCGAGGAGGAGGACGAAGACGAGGAGGAGGAGGAGGAGGGCGGCAGCAGCGGCAACAGCACCGGCGAGGACUCGGCCUUCCAGGAGGCGGACUCGCCGCUCUCGGUGGCCCGCACCCCGGCGCGGGGCGGCCCGCCCCUGCUGGAGGAGGAGGAGGAGGAGGAGAUGGAACCCGCGGCCGCGCCGCUGCCGGACGAGGGGGACUCGUGGGAGGAGGAGGGCUUCGGCUCCUCGCCCGUCAAGUCGCCCGGCGCCUACUUCAUGGCCGGCUCGCCCUCACCGCCGCCGCCCCACAAGGGCCGCCGCUUCGGCGGGCGCUCCCCCCCGCAUCCGGCGGCGGGCGGCUGCCGCCUGCGGGGCGACGAGCCCGGCUCGCCGCUGCCCGACUACCCCGGCACGCCGCCGCACAAGACGUUCCGCAAGCUGCGCCUGUUCGACACGCCGCACACCCCCAAGAGUUUGCUUUCUAAAGCUCAAGGACUGGGCUCCAGCUCAGUCAAACUUCGAGGGGGCUCUCUAUUUAUGAACGUUGGGAAAUCAGAGAAGCAAGAUUCAGAUAUUAGACAAACGCCUCAUGUGAAUAUUAAUCCCUUCACUCCUGACUCUAUGUUCCUUCACAACUCUGAAGGACAGUGUCGAAGGAGGAAGAGAACACACUGGAAUGACUCUUGUGGAGAGGACAUGGAAGCAAGCGAUGGAGAGCCCGAAGAUGAAGCUAUCAGACCUGCUAAGAGGAUCACAAUAACAGAAAGUAAUAUGAAGUCACGCUAUGCAACCGAAUUUCAUGAGCUGGAGAAGAUUGGAUCCGGUGAAUUCGGUUCUGUGUUUAAAUGCGUGAAGAGGCUUGAUGGCUGUAUUUAUGCUAUAAAAAGAUCCAAGAAGCCCUUAGCUGGCUCAGUGGAUGAGCAAAAUGCUUUAAGAGAGGUUUAUGCACAUGCAGUUCUGGGGCAACAUUCUCAUGUAGUAAGAUACUACUCUGCGUGGGCAGAAGAUGAUCAUAUGCUUAUACAGAAUGAGUACUGCAAUGGCGGCAGCUUAGCCGAUGCUAUAAGUGAAAAUUACAGGAAUAUGCGUUAUUUUACUGAGCCAGAGCUGAAGGACCUACUACUUCAGGUGGCUCGAGGCUUAAAGUACAUACAUUCAAUGUCACUGGUACACAUGGAUAUCAAACCUAGUAACAUUUUCAUAUCCAGGACAUCAGUGCCAAAUACAGCUUCAGAAGAAGGUGAUGAUGAUGAGUGGUCAUCUGAUAGAGUCAUAUUUAAAAUAGGUGACCUUGGUCAUGUAACUCGAGUAUCGAGUCCACAAGUGGAAGAAGGUGACAGCCGUUUUCUUGCAAACGAAGUUCUGCAGGAGAACUACACUCAUUUGCCAAAAGCAGAUAUCUUUGCUCUUGCUCUAACUGUUGUCUGUGCUGCUGGGGCUGAGCCGCUUCCAACUAAUGGUGACCAGUGGCAUGAAAUUCGACAAGGAAAGCUACCAAGAAUACCACAGGUGCUUUCUCAGGAACUGCUGGAUUUACUAAAAGUUAUGAUUAAUCCUGAUCCAGAGAAAAGACCUUCAGCUGUGGCGCUAGUCAAGCAUUCAGUGCUGCUCUCUGCCGCAAAAAAGAGCGCGGAGCAGCUGCGGAUAGAACUGAAUGCUGAAAAAUUCAAAAAUUCACUCUUGCAGAAAGAGCUGAAGAAGGCACAAAUGGCAAAGGCUGCAGCUGAGGAGCGAGCGCUGUACACUGACAGAAUGACAACUAGAUCUACGACACAAAACAGACCAUCUCGACUCAUUGGCAAGAAAAUGAACCGCUCACUUCAGGAUCCGUACUGCGAGGUGGGAAGCUGAAGCCACUGGAGUUGGAACUCAACUAACUGGACUUGAAGACUUGGGCAGACUGUGAAGGAAGACCUGCUGCUUCUGAGGUAAGGAGGAAAACUCAUGAAUUGCUGAGAAUGGGAAGAGAACUGUUAAUGCAGAAGCUUGGAAGGAAACUGGCAGGAACUGAAUGGAAUAUGAUAAGAGCAAAUUUUCCAUGGCAUGGAUGUAAAAUAUUCACAUGUAUGUAGUAUACCUUACGUAAAGAGGAGAGCUACAUUAAAAGUAAUAAAGGCUAGCCUAUUUAGGAAGUUUUUAGGUGGCUGUAUUAAAACAUUAAUUGAGGGUGGCUUUGCAGAGAUGUUGUAUAUAAGUUGAGUGGACCUGCAAAGUUUAACUUGGCGGUUUUCUUAUUAACUGCUAAGUAUUUUUAUUUGUAAGGUGUUUUGGUGCUCUGUAUAUGACAAUGAAUUCAGAGGCUUGUUUUAGGUAACUGCUGGAUAAGCAGUCCUCAUCAGUAAAAACUGAUAGACUGGAGUUCCUUUAAGAUUUGACUUGGUGUAUAUGAUACAUACACAUAGGAUACACAUGAGACAUCUCUUAAAGCAUGCUUCUAAGAAGUAAUGAAAAUUAAUUAGUAGGAAAUCAACAAACUUAAGCCUUUUGGCCCGUGUAAUGUAAAUAUAUUAAAUCUACCUAUGAUAAUUACCUGUUGUUACUUCAGAUUGUUACUUCAAGCUCAUAACAUCGUUACAGAUUUGCUGCACAAACAAGGUGUAUGCAGUGGCUAUGUAGACUUGAUGGUGGCAGGUUUUGUAUCUGCAGUGUAAGAGAUGCCCAACCUAAAACAUACAACUGAAGUGGCUUUAGGGGUUUUAACUUUCUCCUAUGUGUGAAGGAGAAUGUUUUGAAAGGAACUUUUGAUUUUUUUUUUUUUCAGUAGUUUGCAGGAGCAGUAAGAAUGGUGAAGUUUUAUCUCAAAUUUUAAUAGGAACAACUUUCCUGAGUCAGGCCAAUGGUGGUAAGGCUGAGAAUCCUGACUACUAUGGGAAGAACCAGAGAACUUGUGAAAUGUGUCAAUGCGUUCUUUCCUUGAAUACUCAGCAUCCAGUGAUUUGUGGUUCAGGUGCUUGCUGAGUGAGAAGCGGUGUCUCUAUUUUACUGCCCUUGAAGGAUUUCUUUACUAGAAACUAAAAGUAACAAUUGUGGUAGCUUAUGAAUUUAAUGCAAGAAUGUUUAGGCAAAAAUUGUACAGAGAUACACAAGACACCGUUUCAGGUGGAAAAGGAAACUACUAGCUUCUUGUGAAAUGCACGAAGUCAGACGUCACCUGGAAAAAUUCUGCCAAGCGUGACGCAACAAGAUGAACUUCAGCACUUCAGAAGAAAGUUUUAUCUCAAUUAAAGAAGCAAGUAUCAGAACUGGGAGGUGAAUGUUAUUCAAAAUGCCUACAUUCAACUUCAACUUCCACUAUUUUUCCUGUGAUCUUUUUUCUCUAGGCUCAUUUUGCAAAGCAGAGGGACUGUAGUACUUUGACUACUUAGAUCAGCAUGCCUGACUUUUUGAAGAACUACAUAUAAAGAGAACCUUGAAAUAACAGUAAUGCUGGUAUUUUAUAUUCUUGCCACCUCUAGACAUGUCUGCCCGUCUUCUGCCUGAAUCUGAAUCCAGUGCCUGCAGGUCAACACAGAGUGGUGACAUGGUUGAACUGAAUUUAAAACAAAAUAAACUCAUGUGCAACC